AUGCCUACUAUUGAGCCCGGACGCGCCAACGAGGCAUCCUCGGAGACCGUGGCGACACCUCCUGCCGUCUCCUUGAGUCAGACUCAGCUGCCUCUUCCUUCAGCAGUUCGAGAUUCGCCGUUAAAUCCCGAGAAAGUGUCGCAAUGGAAUACCGCAAAUAUGGGAAAGAGACUGGGCGCGGACUUGACCUCUGCGGCAAGUGCAGCAGGUCUGGUCGCGCCAGUGAUAUGUAUCAUAGAUCGCGGACACUGGAUCUCGCUCCAGUGUCGUCCUUCACGCCGGGUGGACCUUCACCUACACAACCUCAGAAUGCUGAUUGAAAGCAGCUCCAUAGUGGAAAAGGCCUCGAAAGGAGCUUCACUAUCGUCCUGUCUUCUUCGCGCUUUACGUCCAGCAAUCAUUCGCCCUCAUACCUUCCUCAUCUCCAGACCGUUUCUCCUAAUCUUUGGCCUCUACUCUUGCACCUACAUUGCAGCCAACACCGUUGACACACUCAUGUCAACACUGUACUCCAAGCCAGCAUCCACUGUCUCUUCCGGAGCCACAAAGUUCCUCGCCACAUCUUCUGUGAACAUGAGCGGGUCCAUCUACAAGGACUCUAACUUCGCUCGAAUGUUUGGCGCCAAAUCUGCAGGUCCUGCAGCGGCUGUGCCAAAACUCUCCUACGCCUUGUUCGCUAUGCGAGAUAGCAUGACCAUUUUCGCCUCGUUCAACUUACCUUCGAUCAUCGUACCCCAGCUUGCCAACCUUCCUCCAGCGGUGAAGUCGAAGUUCUCGAAGAUACUCAGUACGGAAUCCGGACGGGCUAAUACGGCACAAUUCUUGGCACCAGCGGGGAUUCAGUUGCUGUCCACACCUCUUCAUCUCCUCGGCUUAGAUCUAUACAACAGACAAGGCGGCAUGGGCUUGGUCGACCGGGCUCCUAGAAUCCUCAGAGAUUGGGGCGUCAGUGCCCUGGCCAGGAUGGGAAGAAUCAUUCCUGCUUUCGGAGUUGGUGGCGUCGUUAAUGCCAAUGUACGCAAAAGAUUCAUGACACAAAUCGAGGCGUCCUGAGACUAUUAUGAACAUGGGCGUUUAUGGUAAGCCGAUAAUACAGCUCGAAAUGGCCUUGACUUCUGCAUAGAGAGAUGGCAAAUACCGGCGUUGAUUUGUGUGUAUGAUUUUCUUUGGAUUUGAACAUAGUCGAUCUGGUAGAAAGAGCAAGGCGUUCAGGGCAGGUGUAAGCAUGGUCUCUGUACAUAUGCAUUCAACAUACUGGGCAGGAUUGUACGUCUUCAUUGUCUUUGUCCAAUGUUACAAGCUUCAGCAAUGCAACCUCCCCUUGAGCAAAUGCAAUCCAACCGCCCUCCUCCAACUCUCAUCCCACCAACCCACAGGAAAGAAGCUAUUCGCAAACCACGUCCUCCAAGCCCCAGUUCCCCUCCAUACCUCCUUCGGCGGGUUGUUCCAAUUCCGCACGAUAUCUCUCACAACAUCCUUCGCCCACUUCUCCGGAUCCUCACGGUGAGGAAAGGCACCACGCAUA